UGUCUCACUCCUUGUUCCUCGAGUUUUUUUUUGUACAUUUUUCACUUGUAACAUUAGUACACAGUUCAACAUUCACAAAACAUUUAUCCACAUUCACAUCCAUACGUCCAUCAUCCAACACAAAUUCACCUCUCUUCCACUCUUCCAACCUUUCUUAUCAACAUCACCACUCAAUUCUUCCUUGAAUGCGUAUCUCACAUAACAACGUCAUCUGCUCACUCUCGGUGCUUGGAUGUCUCCUUGCAUCCAUGGGCACAUUCCAACAUUCCUCACAUCAAGCCUUCGCAGCCCCUAUACGCCAUCCCCUCUCUACGACGAUAUCCAAUGACCGCCUCACCGCCCCCGAUCUUACUCACUUCCCAUACACUGUCACAGGCGCAGUUCCGCCGUCGCUUUAUCAUCCAGGACAGGUCUUGGAUUCAUGCAUACAACCAAACUCUUACGCCAUCUCGUUUGAUGAUGGACCAGGACAACUCACAGACGAAUUACUUGAUUAUUUGGAUGAGCAGAAUAUCAAAGUGACAUUUUUCAUGAACGGCGACAACUGGAAUUGUAUAUACCGUUACGAAUCUCAAAGACUUCUAAAACGCGCAUUCAACGCUCAACAUCAAAUUGCAGCCCACCCAUGGUCUCACCGGGAUUUCCAGACCCUCACGGAUGGUGAGAUUCGUGAAGAAAUGCACAAGAUUGAGGAUGCAUUCCGUGAGAUCUUGGGUGUUGUCCCAAGGUAUAUGCGUCCUCCAUAUGGCGAGCACUCGAAGCGUGUCCGCAAGAUCAUGGAGGAGAUGGGAUACUUGAUGAUUCUCUGGGAUGUCGACCAGCUUGACGAACACGUUGAUGACGAUGAUAUAUAUUCGGACGAUAACUACGAGUACGAAAAUGAGCGCCAUGAACACGGGGAAGAAGAAGAGGAAGAUGAAGGGAUCCACAUUAACAGUAGUCAUGGUCAGACUACUAUGGCUUCUACCCCUUCUUCUACACACAGACAUCGUGUUCAGAGUUCCUUUUCUUCCAAAUGGGCGGAAGCUGUCCGUGGUGUCCCUCAUAUGGCCCUUGAUCGUGAUACCAUGAUGAUGGGUGGCAUUUAUCAAGAGGCGACAAGCACAUGGGCUGUCGAGUAUGUCCAAAACUUGGGAUAUAACAUCAUGCCCGUCGGAGCCUGCAUGGGUGAGACUGACCCCCGACUCUGGUACAAGGAGAUUGUCAAGCCUGCAGAAGAGGGCUCCAUUCCCGAGACCUGCUACAUCCCUUAACGCGCAAUAACAAUAUCAACAGCAGCAAUAACAAAAAAAAACUAGUGUAUAUAGCAUUUGUCAUAUAACAUCAACCCUCCCCACUUUCCAACAUUGUAUAUUAGUCAACAAGCAUCAUUUUGUUCUUUAUAAAAAUAGAUUAAAGUGUUUUGAAAGGAACAGAAUAUUCACCAAAAGCCAUGCGCAAAUGAACAUUAAUACAUGAUAACAAUUUUGUUCUUUGCUUACCGUCCAGUAGUAUCAGAGGGAAAAUGUGAUGAUUAGAAUGUGGACGGCGCGUAAAAUACGCAUGAUGGUGAGGGGUGGCAAAAAAAAAAUUCCAGUCGCUCACUCAUCCUUUCCAAGCAGGGAUCCUGUGAUAGCAUUUGAAAAUGGUCCUCUAGGGCCAUUCAAAAGUAUUGCUUAAAA